GUUAACUUGUACUAUUUGUAUUUGUAAAACAUUUUUAACCUCUUAAUUGUAUACAAGAAGUCAUGUUCUAACUGGACUGUGCUACACCACUCUCCAGCCAAUAAAUAGUGGCAAAUUAAUGUUAUUUGGCCGUAAGAACUAUAACACAGACCGAGAAUGCGUCUUGAAAGCCAAAAUAACCAUGAAGCCAAGGUGAUGAGUGUUUUUUUUUUACAGAGACUGGAAGCAGGUCUCUGAUUUUGGCAGAAUCCUGAAGUGUCCCUCCCCCCUGUGAGCUGGUGCCAGCUUCUUCACCCCUCCCCUGCACCCACUGCGCGCCCUGCGCCCCUGGCUGCUAGCCAGACGCAUACCACUUGAGAGCUCCUAAUAUAGACCCAACCGCUUCAUAGGAAAGGGUAAAGAACCAAGCGGAGUCUCAGACAGUUCAGGUUUGCUGCUUCGAGAACAACUUUUUCAUGGACACAGCAGAAUCAUGGAGCCUCCUUCACAGGUGUCAUUCCCAGAGAAGAAGAAGGAAAUACAGAAACAAGAUGCUGAUGCCACAGUCUACAUGAAUUUCAUGAAGAGUCAUCGCUGCUACGAUGCCAUUCCAACCAGCUGUAAACUGGUCAUAUUUGAUACCACACUACAAGUGAAAAAGGCCUUUUUUGCACUGGUGGCAAAUGGCUUGAGGGCUGCGCCUCUAUGGGACAGCAAGCUACAGAGAUUUGUGGGCAUGCUGACAAUUACAGAUUUCAUCAACAUCCUCCAUUGCUAUUACAAGUCCCCUAUGGUUCAAAUGUAUGAGCUGGAGAGCCACAAGAUUGAGACAUGGAGAGGUGAUUCAUUUCAAAAUGUCUACUUAAAGUAUUCCAAUCACUUCCUCAUUAGUAUUUCUCCAGAGGCCAGCCUCUUUGAUGCCAUCUAUUCCUUACUCAAAUAUAAGAUCCACAGGCUGCCUGUCAUCGAUCCGGCGUCUGGGAAUGUCCUGCACAUUUUGACCCACAAAAGAAUCCUCAAGUUCCUCCAUAUAUUUGGAAAAAAGAUUCCCAAGCCCCCGUUUGUUCGGAAGCAGAUCCAGGAACUCGGGAUUGGAACGUUCAGGAAUAUCGCCACCGUUCAGGAAACAGCAUCACUUUAUGAUGCCCUCUCUAUAUUUGUGGAAAGGCGGGUGUCUGCACUGCCGGUGGUGAAUGAACAAGGCAAAGUGGUGGCUCUCUACUCAAGAUUUGAUGUGAUUAAUCUAGCAGCUCAGAAGACUUACAACAAUCUGGACAUGACUAUGCAGGAAGCCAUUCGCAGGCGCACAUGUUUUAUGGAGGGAGUCAUCAAGUGCUAUCCUGAUGAAACCUUGGAGACUAUUAUAGACCGCAUUGUCAAAGCUGAGGUCCAUCGGCUGGUCCUGGUGGACAGGGCUGAUGUGGUGAGGGGCAUCAUCUCUCUGUCUGACCUGCUGCAGGCCAUGGUCUUAACCCCUGCAGGUAUUGAUGCCCUUUUGUCCUAGCACCCAGGGGACGGGGGGUCCCAUUCCCUCCUUUACCACCUGAAUAGGGCUUGAGUCCUAGUCAUGUUCCCAGGCAGAAAUCGCUAUGUGUUCCAAAUGAGAGAUCACAAGAGGUAGAAAAAUUCCCUCCCUGUGCUGUUGUUUACAAGAUGUCCUCUGUGAUCUGUGUGAAAUUCAAGCAACAAUAAUGGAUGAUUAGCUGACCUUGAUAUUGUGAUGUAUCUCUGUGGGUCACUAUAUUGGCUGCAUUUGAUCAAAUUGAUCAAUAUACGUUUUCUCAAUAUGAUAAAUUUCUGUAUUAAACAUUUCUACCAAAACUUG